UGGUGUGACAAAACUGCUCGCUGCAGUGCCUACCCAUAGUCCCAUAGUCCUAACGUUCACGCAGACUCAACCACGAACUCAGCCUCUCUCUGUUCCUGUACUGCUUACAUGUUUCCUCCUGUGAGCUACGACCUUCUUCGGUUAACCAAUCUGGUAGGAGUUUCGAAGUCAAACACUGGACGUUGAAAGCUUCUUGAUGGAGGAGUCAUAUUAAUACUUUGCUCUAAAUACUGCGAGAUCUGAAAAUGUGGUAACCGAGAAAGCAAAGGGAACUUUUAUUGUGGUAAAAUUCUACUUCUGCAGGGCUUAAAGACGUCACUGCUUUUAUAACCGCCAUAGCAACUGCAGUAAAGACGCGUUAGCCUUAGUGAGAGGACACCGAGGACCCGUCUACUAUCUCCAAAAGAAACAGAAGCUCUGAGAAAAGGGUUUAACUUUCUGUGUGUGUGUGAGUGAGAACCUCGGAUCAAGUUAAACACAGAUAAAGAUAUUAUGAAGCUGUUCCUUUUAUUGAUUCUCUGUUGCUGUUGGGGUGAUCCAACAUAUGCGGAGUCAAUUUACGAAGUACUUGAAAAUGACCUUAGGUUUUCUAGGUUUUUGCAACUGGCCAACAACGAUGAGCUCGCUCAACUUCUGCUAAAGAAACGUAGGGUGACACUCUUCGCUCCCUUAGACGAGGCAUUUGCGCAUGCUCCUGAGUUUACACCACAGGAUGAAAAACGAAUACCAACGUAUCACGUGGUAAAUACGGUGGUAACAACGGACAUGUUUCCCAGCUUUAUGUAUCCGAUUUCUCGGGAGAAUCCCCCUCUCUAUUUCAACGUGAAGGAGAAUGAUGAAAAGGAGUUCUUCGUGAACAACGCCAAGGUUCUGGAAGAGAGGGACUUUACCGUAUCGGAUGGUAAUCAAAAGCUUUACGUAAUCGAUGAAGUUCUGGAACCCUAUUGGUCUACUGAGUACCUUCCACCAGACGCCUGGGAAUUUCUCAACAACCCUAGCUUAUACAACAUCAAAGAAGACCUGAGCGCUAUGGCAUCACGUGUAAAAGAAGAAGAAGAAAAUGGCCUUUUCAGUAGCGUUGGAAAUCAUACCUACUUUAUACCAUUAACUCAAGGUAGUGGUGCAGAAGGAAAUAGAUUUAGAGACGUUGAUAAAGCUGUGAUCAAAGGUCACGUGAUCCCGCAACACGUAUUGUUCACUAGAACAGCAGGAAACGAGGCCUACAAGUCCAACAAUCCAAAAGUGGAAAUCAACCUGGUUAGCCAGACCACAGCUUCGACCCAUACAAUGUUUGUUCGAAGCAACACUCUUCAAGACCACCUGGGUCAUCGAAAAGGAGUGGUCUUAUCACAAAUUGUAAGAGCUAAUAUACCAGUAAAGAAUGGAGUGGUCCAUCUGAUUCAGCAUCCUCUUAUGAUCAUUGAUAUUAGCAUCUGGGAUUUCAUUGAAACCGAAUCUGAAGGGAAACUCUCAGAGUAUAUGAAGCUCGUUCAGGAGGCAUCGGCCGAUUUUCAGUACGAGCUGCAAAAUUCAGGAGAAAAGACAGUGUUUGCACCCACCAAUGAAGCGAUAUUGCGACUGGCCCCAGAAAAACUGGCAAACCUGAAAAAAAAUACAACUGAACUCACAAAGCUUCUCUGGCUCCAUAUGGUUAAGAAGUCUGUAUCUACAGAUGACGCAUGGCAUGGACGGAUAUAUGAAACAGUUACUGCUGACAAACAACGCAGUAUGUAUUUCCGUGCUGUUGGGGACCGAAAAAACAAAACUUUAACACUGGAAGCCGGGGGAGUCAACGCCACCGCUGUAGAGGCAGAUAUAGGAGCCACCAACGGCAUCGUUCACGUGAUUGACCGGGUGUUAGGCUUACCUUAUCAGACCGUAAUGGAAAAACUUUCCAGUGAUCCAGACUUACGGAAAACAUUUCAACUUGGUGCCUAUGAUGACUGGAAUUUGAAAUUGAACAACAGAGAAAAGCACUUUACGUUUUUCGCGCCCAGUCAAGAAGCUUGGGAUGACCUCGAAAAAAACAUGCCCACCGAAUAUAAGCAAAUGUCUAUGGAUAUCUACAGCUACCACGUACAAAAGAUCUUAGACAGACAUCUUAUCGUGGGCCAGGAAAUAUUUGCUCAGGAUUUGGAGAGAAAGGACAAGGUUCAAAUGGUUCAUGGAGUCUUGAAUGUUAAGCGAGGCUUAGGUAAAGCUGAUGUAUCCGUGGAAUGGGAAGGCCUCGAAGCUGUUAUUAUCCGCCCAGAUGUACAAGCAACUAACGGCGUCAUCCACGUGAUUGACCGGAUCCUCAUGAAGCGUCGCGAUAUGAUUCGGACAGGGGGCGCUUCUUCUCUUUCUCCUUCUCUCAUGGCAGGUUUUCUUGCUGUAGUGUUGUUCCAUUUGUAAGCUGCAGUAAUUUAUGUUACCCUUCUUCUUACUAAUAUUUGGCUGCGUCAUCGAAAUGGGACCUCAUACACUAAAAUAUAGAUUACUAGUCUCUGCGGUCCCCAACACAGAAUUCGAGGGAUUUAUUUUCAUUGUGAAUGUCGAUUUAAAGCCUUUUUUUUGUAUCAGCUUUUAACAUGUAAAAAAAAGGUUUAAGAAAAAAUCAAGAGAAUUAAAGAAUGAAUAAGCACUAAAAGCAAAUCAUUUAACACAAACCAUUUCUAGCUACUAAUAUUUACAUUAGGUGUCUUACUGGAAAACAUAAACUGCCAUUGUAGAUCCUAAAUUCUGAUACCUAUAGCGUUUUGGUACUAAAGUACGUACAUGCUUACGACGUUAAUAUAUACAUAAAUAUACAUAUAUAUGUAUAUCUACUGAGUGUAAAACGAUUUGUUCAUUGUUGAACACCCAUUACAGUUGUUCAGUUUUGUUUUUGUUUUUCUUUCUUUGGGAGAGCUAAAUAGGUAUUAAAUUAGAUAUUAAAGAUAAUGGAUAUUAGAUAUUAAUAUCCAUUAGAUAUUAAAGAUAAGGAAUCAUUUGAUUUAAGAGUAAAAGAUGUUGGAAGAUAAAGUGAGAUCACGCUAUGGUAAUUCAAAUAAUUCUUUUCGAGAUACAAGGAUUCAAAUAUUACCUCAUAACACGUGAUAUAAAAAGGUAACGGACAGAUCAACAACAAAAAGAAUAAUUUGAUUUUUUUUUCUCUCAUGGAAUUUUCUUUACAAGUAAAUUUUGCAAGGAAUAUUUUUUCCCAAUGAAUAUUUUUGUAGGUGUUCCUUGAACAUUUAAUAUGCUAAUCAAAUUUGUCAUUCAAGAACUUUCGAUCUAGCGAUUGAAGUGGAAAUUACAAUUCAAGAAAUGUAAAUUGCUUAAAGCCUAUAGAAUGCAGUAGUGUUAGUAAAAGUGUCUCGUGCGUGAUGAGCACGUUCUGGCAGAGCUGGAAAGUUUCUAGUUAGCAAUUAAUAAACGUAACUUGCUGUUGAUUGUAGCUCUGUUGUGCGAUAAUACAUUAUGUAUACCUCAUGAUGAAGUGACGUCUGCUUUAGAGGAAGAAUUAAAUAGCUAUCACCUCUUUAUUUCAAUUACCUGCAACAAUAUGAUUUAUACCUGUUAUUAAUAUCUAUUUUCUUUAUUGAUAAUUCAUUGGUAAAGUCCAUUCUUUUCCAAUCAAAGUUCAUGUUUUAAUGCCUAACUAGAACGGUCAACAUUUAUAUGUAAAUGAUUUGUUUAUUCAUUAGCAGGGUAAACCUGCCACCUUUCAAUAAUCCUCAUUAUUAUGUGUCUGGUGAGUGUUAAAUAUCGAUUUUGUUAAGUUGAAAAUAUUACUUCAGCGCGUGUAAAAUCUUGUGUUCUGGCAACUUUUAAAUUUCUUUAAAAACGGCUAUCUAUUUUACACAUAAUUAUGUAAAUUAUUACAUCACUAAGAAUAACAUUUUACAAAUUUUUUUUUGAGUUUUAAAGCGCGAAGCAUGCUAUAUUUAACAUUGUGGGUUGACUUUCUAGUGUUUGUUUGAUUUUCAUAGCUAUUUUCCUGUAUCUUAUCGUUCAUUGGUGUUAGAAUCGAAGGCUUUUUGUUAGGCCUUGUAUUAAACCAAAUAUAUUUUAGUGAAGUAUUUUGGCUACUGUAUGUUUACGAGAAGCCGACUACGCAUUUUGUUAAAUUAUUUACACGGAGAUGUUUUAAGCACAUUUAUAUCAAACAAUCUUGUGUUGAUGAUAUGCAUUGUUAAUAAACAAUUUUUUGUAGCGCACUUUCUAAUGAGAGUGAAAUCGUAAUAAACCCGUCGAGCGAUAAUUCACUAGAACUUAUAGAAACGGAGACCUUUUAGUUGUAGUUUUAGUUAAUACAAAAUUCUGAUUAUCGAUAAAGACAUUAAUUGCAUUAAAUUUCUUGUUUUCGCAAAUACAGAAUCAACACAGCUAUUAUAAAAGAGUACAUGAUAACAUUGUCGGGAAUUCAAUUUCUCAACAAAAUUUCUUAAGUUUCUUACAACUAAAAGAACAAAAGAAAAUUCUUUAUUUUCUUAUUUCCUAUCCCUAGUUUUUCUUCGUCUUCUCGUAAUUAUAUUUUAGAUUAAACGAAAGAUAUUACGUUAGUUCAUUAGUUUCUUACUCGCGACAGGUUUAUAUCAGUUCCAUUCAGGAAUUAUCACCUUUAUAUUUAGAUUUUUUUUUAAUGAAACAGAAUUAUAUUUGUUCGAUUAAACGCAGAUCCGUUCCAUUGUUAACCCUAAAUCAAUGAAGGAUUUAUGUUUUCGUAACAUUCUAUUGUCAACCAUUAUACAUAUAUGUAUAUAUAUAUAUAAUUGGCGUUGAUUAUAGUAAAAACAUAAAUAUUAAGUAGAUAUUGAUUGUACAAUGUCUGAUAACAAAGUUCAAAAAUACGAAAGUUAACUGAAUAAUAUGUUGAGUAGAAAUUUAGAUCUGCAAUUAUAAAGUUAAGUAAAAAAAAAUACUUUAAUAAUUUUGUCUUGAGUUUUAUUUUUUGUUUCAAUGAGAUUUAGAAAUGUAAAUGUCACGAUAGUGAUUGCACGGCAAUGACGUUAGAAAACCAGAAUAGUCCAAAAUUUUAACGUCAUACUGCUUCGUCAGAACGUAAAUCUAACAAGGGCUUUGAUUGGCUCCUAACUUUUUUUGAAAUGUCACGACUGAGAAUAGUAUUAAUAUGUCAUAAUGUGCAAAGUAUAUAAGCUUCAUCAGUGUGUGGCUUAGCUGCUUGAACAUUAGUAGGAUAAUUAAAGAACUUAUAAUUGUGAAAGGUUUAAUGUCGCACGAAAAAGUUAAAUUCUAUCCUGUUUCUUGUCGCUACCACUAGAUGUCGCGUUAGCAGUUAGAUACUUAUCAUUAAAGAAAAAUUAAAAAUUGGGUUCAUAUUAUUAUUUUAUUGAAUUUUAAACAUAAAGAUGAGAAGACAAAUAAUUGUAUUGAAUAAAAAAAGCUUACAAUUGAAAUGUCUGAGAUGUUUAAUAAAGAUGCACCUUGUGUAUCUAAA